AGAUGAAGUGAAAUGUGUGUCUGAUGUGAUGUUAUCAUGUCCAACAACAAUAGCAAGAAGCGCCGCCAUGCUCCGCCCGCGGCACCCGACGCCGUUUUUCGCAUCGUGUGUCCGGCCGCAAAGACGGAGGACGUAGCGACUAUCGGCGGCGACGGAGCUAAGAUUCUGGUGGAGGACUUGGUCAGCGCGGAGGAGCGCGUGGUUGUUAUCGUGGGCGAGGAGUCCGCUGCGCAGGUUGCGUUGGUUAGGGUUUUGGAGAGAACGGUGGAUGAAGAAACUAAGAAUUCGACAGUGUCGUGUAAAUUGGUGGCCCCCAGCUAUCAGGUUGGCUGUGUGCUCGGCCGAGGAGGCAAAAUCGUCGAAAAGAUCCGGCAAGACACUGGGGCCCACAUUAGGGUUUUGCCCAAAGACCAACCUCCUCUUCCUCCUCCUCCCGGUGAAGAAUUCAUUCAGAUAACAGGAAACUUUGGCGCAGUGAAGAAAGCGGUUCUAUCCGUUUCAGCUUGUUUUUAUGAUAACAAUUCUGGUGCCUUUAAGCCUCUUGAUCAUCAUUCCAGAGGUUGUUAUUCUGAAAGUGCUGGACAUUCUUCUCAUAGGAUGUUUUUGGAAGAGGACGUUGUCUUCAAGCUCUUGUGUCACCAUGAUAAAGUUGGCAGUCUUAUUGGCAAAGGUGGUUCUGUAGUGCGGGCUCUCCAGAACGAAACUGGUGCUUCUAUCCAAAUUGUGGAGGCUGGUCCUGAUUCAGACGAGCGUGUCGUUGUCAUAUCUGCGCGAGAGACAUCAGAGCAAAAGCAUUCUCCUGCACAAGAAGCUGUCAUCCGUGUUCAUUGUCGACUUACAGAGAUUGGAUUUGAACCAAGUGCUGCAGUUGUUGCUAAGCUUCUUGUGCGUUCACCACAGGUGGGCUGCCUCUUGGGCAAGGGAGGUCUUGUUAUAUCUGAAAUGCGAAGGGUCACAGGUGCUAGUAUUCGCAUUUUUUCAAAGGAACAGAUUAAAUACAUUUCUCAAAAUGAAGAAGUUGUACAGGUUAUUGGGAGCUUACAAUCUGUACAAGAUGCUUUGUUUCACAUAACCAGUAGAAUUCGGGAAACCAUUUUCCCAAUAAGGACUCCUCCAAAUUUUAGUGCACCACCACAUUUGCCACCGUUUCCAGAAAUGCCACCUCCUUUAUUUAGGCCAAGAAAUCACUUGAUGUCCUCUGGCCACCCUCCUCCUCCUCAAGUUGGGCACCCUCAUGACCAUUCAACUGUUCCCCCCAUGCCUGUUGACCAUCAGCAGCAUGCAUUUGUACAUGGUAUGGGACGUGGUCCUCCAAACAUGGAUCGAGUUCCCUAUCCUCGUGGUUAUGAAGGACCAAAUUCUCCAAGAUCAUGGAAUCCCCUGGCAGUUAACAGAGGAAAUUCCGGAGGAACAGCUGAUACUUCUAGUUUGGCCUCAAGAAAUGAGAACCUUGGAGAGAAUGGAAACCCAUUGCAGAAUCCAAAUAACUUGACUAUUGAGAUCACCAUUCCUCAUAUGUAUUUAACUCACGUGUAUGGGGAGAACAAUAGCAACCUAACUCAGAUUCGACAGACGUCUGGUGCAAACGUGGUGGUUCAUGAUCCAAAACCUGGAGCUACCGAGGGUCUGGUGAUUGUGUCUGGAGCACCAGAUCAAACUCACGCUGCUCAAAGCCUAAUUCAAGCUUUCAUUUUAUGUGGGCAGACUAUAGCUUGAAACUACAGGAACAAGAGGCAAUCUAAAAGCUACGCGGCAAAUCUUUUAAUAUAUUCGAUCAUAUGAUGGAUUAAGGAUUUAUAUCAAUGUUGUCGUACGAUUUUGUGAAGUGCACGUUUAACUAGUGUAAUUUAUUUGUUGAGAAAUGAUAGGUGUACUACGAAUUUACAACAAAUCGUACAACAUAUGCCACAUCA